AUGGAGCCUCCUGCGCCGGACACUACCAGCAAGGGACGUGUCUCGGCGGAUGCAUACCGUCUUGAGUGGGUGUUUGGGCCUCAUGUGCUGGUGUACAACGAUGCGUGCACGAGACGCACAGGCCCUGUACCGGUGGCCUACACGUUCGAUGAUUGGUUCGUCGAACGGCCACGGACGACUCAGGAGAAGCCCUCAAGGAACAAUUCGACGGCAGUGGUGGUCUCGUGCCCCUCUAUGGACGCCUUAGAAACAGCGCCUCUCUAUCUUGGGGUCUUUUCGUCUACGCUGGUCCCUACGCCAGAGGCCUCUUAUGUGUUUGACAUGGCAGCGCCACUGGACUUUGAAGUCCCGCCGAAUGUACUCAUGGAGGAAAACAGGACAGUGACCGUCACAGGUAUCCGCCGUAAUAUGCGGCUGCUAAGCCGCACAAAGCACCAGGUGGUGGCGGCCACGGUGCAUCGGCUUGUGGCAGAAAUGACCUCGGGCUCCUCGCCCGGGCUCAUGCAAGAUGUAUUUUUGGGCUACCGCCAAUACCUGGGUGCGGGCCGACUGCUCGAACUACUCUUCAACCGCAUGGAAUGGUCCAUUGUCAAGAUCGGCGAUGCUACCUACUUCAAGGUGGCACUCAGUGUGUUGUUGCACACACAAGCGGCGCUUUGGCACUGGUUGCAUUAUUACUACGAGCACGAUUUCGCGCGCGAUGAGGUACUCACACGCCGUCUUGUGCAAUGGAUGGCCGACCAGGACUACCGCGUGCAGUUCUGGCAGUACGCAAACAAUCCCUCGGCGAUCGAUGGCCCGCCGAUGUUGAAGGAGGUGCCGUCUGCCGCCGUGCCGGAACAAGAUGAAGAGCUCCCCAACAACGAUCCCAGUGAGCGUAUGCAUUCUCUGUGGGCACUCGUACAGGCUCUGGUGCCGACCGCGCUGCUGCCUGACCAGGACAGCCAGAACAUGCCCACUGAAGCGCGCAACAAAGUGAUGCUGCGCAAAUCGCGCUCUCUUACGCGCAUGUUAGCCCUGUCAAAUUCACCGACGCGGUCUCGCAAGCACCAUUCGCGUUGGCCGAGUGUUAGUGGUUCGUCUGUGCUUGCAGCGGUUGGAUCGAUUCCCGCUAUGUCUGGACCCACAGCGAGUUCGCAUAUGUCGUCCUCAUCGUAUAAAACACCAGGGCCUGCCACGGCGGCAUCGCCAUCCAUCAGUGAGACGACUCUUGAGCCUGCUCCGCAAGGUCGCGCGGAACGGUCCAGGUCGCUUAAGAGUUUGCGCCGAAUGUGGCGCCGCGGCACAGAUGCGCCGAGCGAUGGGGUGGCAGACGACGGCUCGCCGAGGGGCAAGAUGGAUGCCGCGACGAUGGAUGACGAAGUUGAUGACACACACGAGCAAGAUGUGGCUCUGCAGCUGCUGGAGCAGGCACUCUCAGAGACACCCCGUACCGAUGCCUUUCCGUCGCCGCGGCACAGGGAUGGGCCAAUCCAGUGGAUCCCCUCGCACACAGGCUCGUCGUGGAAAGAGGCACAGCGGCUGUCGAUCGUGACAGCCCAGGCAAUGCUGAAAAAGAACCCGACAGCGCCUGCCUCUCGGAUCCAGCAACGUGACACGUUCUUGUUAUGCCAGCGCUCCAGUACCAUUGCGCGCCAACUGGGCACCAUUGAACGCCAAUUGUUGGCCUGUGUGCAAUGGCACGAGCUCGCAGAGCCUUCGUGGGAACAGCACACUGUGCAGCAAGAGCAGUGGCAGCGUGAAUACCAGGAGUACAUUGUCGCCCGUAUUCGCGCGGCGAGCGGCACAGAGGACGCUUCGUCAGCCCCGUCCACAGCGCCCAAGGCAGAGGGCGUACAUAUGCUCAUUGCGCGGUUUAACCGCGCGUGCGCUUGGGUUGCCACGCACAUUGUGACCACUACUGACCUGCAAGAGCGAGUCAUGGUCGUGAAUAAGUUUAUCCGCAUUGCCUGGCACUGCUUCCGGCAGGGGAACAUGGAGUCGCUGUGCCAGAUCAUGUUUGGCCUCCAGUCGCCAUGGGUCGCACGCCUGCAGCGCACCUGGGGGCAAGUCGCACUUUGGGAGCUGCGCGCAUUUGAUGCACUGCGCCGCUUUACAUCACCGCGCAACCAAUUUGCCUAUUUGCGCCAGUCGAUGGUGGAAGCUCUCGACGUCAACACGACGGUAAAGCGCCGCUUCUCAAACCCAAGCACGGCCUCAGCACCGUAUGUGCCGUUCUUUGGUCUUUUGAUCUCCGACCUGACCACGAAUGAUGGGCUUGCCAGCUUUGUUGACUCGUCACUGAUGCCUAAUAUGAUUCCCUUCUACGAUGACCAGGAGCUCUCGCAGAGCUGGGACGUUCUAGUCAAUGUGUACCGCCUGCGCAUCAAAGCCUGCAUCGUGAGGGAAUUCAUCACUCUUCAGCGUCAUGAGAAAUCUGCCCCUGAGUGUCCUAUGGAACUCCCCAUCCUUGUCGAAUCGCUUCAGCUUGAUACCCUUUCGGCGGCGGCUAUUCAAAGCGCGUCCCUGGCCCUAGAACCGUAG